AUGAGCUCCACGCCGAGGACAUUUGCGGCUAUUUCUUUCGCCAUUCGUGUGUUUAUUCUGCUUCUGGGCAUCGUUUCUAUGAUCUUGGUGUUGACAGCACCCGGGGCCUGCUUUUCCCGAUAUCUUAAUGGGACUCCCAUCUCGAGAGAGAUUUGCCCCGGCCAAAAUAGUAUAUUCCCGAUGAAUGCGGAGAGAUGGAGCAAUGGACUCCAUUUUCAGGGGAGAGGCGAGAAUGUCUACGGUCAAGUGGCUAUUAUCGUCGUAUCACUCAUUUUUGCUCUUGCGUCACUCGCAUUUUCUUGCGUCCACCUCGGCACUGGGAAUUCGCUGAUGUACCCGCAAAUGUUCUACGCGGCCGUCGCGGUGAUUGCGUUUUUGAUAAUGGGCGGAUUUGAGACAUGGUACGCCACCGGAUUUGACCACAUGGCCUUCUUCAUCCAGGCUAUUGGAAAUGGGGUAUUUUCCGGUUGCGCGGGCUUGCCGGGCUGUCAAAUCGAAUUUGUAGUGAAAGGAUGGGCAGUAGCAGCGGCGUUUUAUUUCCUCUCCGCUUUGCUUUAUGUAGCAGAUAUCGGCGUGACGUUUGCCGGGAAAGAUCGGGGCGCCAGCGACAGCUACCCGGUGACGACGACCAGGGCCAAUCACCAUAUUCACUAU